UUUUUUAUAGGUUAGUAUAUUGGCAACAUUGAUAAUGAUGUUAAAUCUAUGGCUUAAAUCAAAUGUCUUAAAUGAUUUAGGUUAGGUUUAAGAAGUCACUGGAAGUCACAUACAGUCACCUGCAGUCACAUAAAAGUCACAUAGACAAGAAACAGAGGCAAGCAAGAUAAAUUAAUGUAAAAUAUUUUAAUUAAUUGAAAUGAGUGCAGCUCUUGUGAAACAGGCCUUAGAAAUUGUCGAUCCAGACUUUAAAACAAAUAACAAAGCUUCCAGGAGAAAAAACAAAACAGAUGCAUCUUCAUUAUUUCCCGAACAUCACAGGAUUAUUGGAAAAUCAUAUAAAAAAGGCAAAAAAGAGAAAAUUGGUUUAGGUUUUGAAAAAAAACUUUCGGUUCAAGAAGCAAAAAAGCAAUUCAAGACAAAAGAACAAAUAUUAAAAGAGAAUUUAAAGAAAUUGGAAGUGAUACGAGAAAAUAGCAAAAUUACAUUAAAUAAGGAACAAACCAAAAAUAUCAUAGAACGAGCCAGAACCAGAAGACCCAUUGAAUCAAGAGGGAAAAAGUCAAAACAGCCCAAAUCAGCAUUUACGGAUGAAGAUUUUAAGAAAUUUGAAGAGGAAUAUUUCAGCUGAUUUACACAAAAUGUU